AUGGCGGAUUGCCCCUAUGCCCGCUGCAUACAGGAACGCAGACACAUCAGGAGGGAAUUGCUGCGAUGGACAAAGAAUAUGGUCUUCGUAGUUGGUCUGGAACGUGUAGCGGAAGAGUUGAUGGGCCGUAGGAGAUGGAAGCAAUACCAGGACACCCUGUACAGCAGCACUCGGAGCGAAUCAGCAAGCCAGCCGCAUCACCGGCUCUAUCCGGCCCUAUCGACAGCCUGCAGCAAUAUUGCUGCGGGGAAUGCCAGCCAGAUCGGGUCGCAACACCAUCGUCAGGCAUCAACGGGCACUGUACACCAGCCAUCAACACCACCACUGUCAGCGACAGUAAUAACAACGACUGGACAGGAGCAGGGGCCACUCAAGCAGAAAGAAUUGACGAAUCACAGGGGAAGCGAGGAGUCUUGUCCGAUAAGGCCCGAGGAUAUAAAAUUAGAGAUAGAGGCUGCACAGGAGGUGAACAGUGGUGGACGCUCAGAGUUACUGCAGCACGGGGAGGUCCAUACAUUGACGAGGAUACAGGAGCGUACGAGACUAAGAGUAAAAAACGAAAACGGAGAAGAAGAUUCAAGUGUGAAGACAGGCGAGAGCGAGAACGAUUUGGAGAGUGCGGAGAAGAGGCUGAAAUUGGACGAUUCAUUGAGGACCUCGGUCAGCCCACUGAGGGAAAACGAACGGUCACCCUCGAGAGAUUCGCGGGCGAACGAGGGAGCCGAUCCGGAAGGGACCAAGGAACCGAGUGCGGAAAACGCGUUGGACCGGAUACAGGUGACACCGGGUCUAUUGAGGGUAAAGAAGGAGGAGGAGUUGCAGGAGUUACCGCAACAGGUGAACUGUGGAGGCGGCGAUACUACGAGAGUAGAUACCGAGGUCAACAGGCCAAUAACCAAGGAACAAUCGGAGUCUAUCAACGAUUGUACGUUAACGUAUCCUGUCAACCGGCGAGUAAGUCCACCGCCGGAGGACUGGAAACCAUUAGACAAGUGUUAUCUCUGUCUCGAUGGAAAACUGCCCCACGACGAUCAAGCGCCACUUAGCCCACAAAGUGAGAGUAGUAGUAGUUCACGAUCUGCAGAGUCUCCAAUGUCGGUGCAAGUCGAUCCAAUGGCGGCAUCUGCCGUGGUUGCUGCCGCCCUUAGCGGCGCGUACCCCACGUUACUGCCACAAUGGGGGUUACCACCGAGGGACGCAUCCCUUGUUGGUAUUCAGACACACCAUGAUACUGGCCAAUCGGCUGAUCAGCCCCUUGAUCUCUCGGCGAAACCGAAAAACCCUCAGGACAACAACAUAUCCAUAUUGGAUCAACAAAAAAUACCUCUGAGAAUGCCGGCGAAUAUUGAUCCCAAGACUAUCUUCACAACCUCGUACCGGCAGAAGCCCAGAUUACCCGGACAAACUGGAGUUGGUGGUGUGCCAGUUGUCGGUGGUGGCCGAAGAACUUACACCGAGGAAGAAUUGCAAGCUGCCCUCAGGGACAUACAGAGUGGUAAACUCGGUACACGAAGAGCAGCUGUCAUCUACGGGAUACCAAGAAGCACCCUUCGUAACAAGGUCUACAAGCUUGCAAUGGAACGCGAGAGGGACGCCUCCCUCACUAGCACCCAUUCACAUCCUCACGAGUCUGGCGUACCAGUAUCAACCACCACCAUCACCUCCACAAUACCAACAUCAACAACAACAGCAUCAACACCAAAUACGACCCAAAAUGCCUCUGCAACAAGUCCGCCCCCGCAAGUGGAUGAGGCGGAUGACAAAGAGCUGUCAGGCGCUGAGGAGGAGAAGGAAGUGGAAAAAGCACUGCUGAAACCACUGCUAUCGCUGGAAGACUUGGUGAGGUUUUCAGCCCUCGAGGGUAGCGGUAGGGAUUCUCUCAGGACACUUCUUCAACGGGGACAUGAAACUGGUACAGAGUGGCCUGGUUUCGAGCAUGCCAAUAUUGGACCCUAUAUCCAUAAAAUGUUGGCAGCUGCGGGUCCAUUCAAAGGUCUUGAGAAUCAAGAGUACAGGAUACCAGAGGUGAUGAGGCGAUUGAUGAGCGAGGACAAAAGACUAAACAAAGAUGUGAAUGGCGAUCAGUCCCACUCACACGUACAAUCACCCCAGUCGCAAUCGUUACAAGGUGGACAACAGCAGAGGUUACCAAUGACAAAUGAUGAUUUUAAUCCAGCUAUUGAGGAGGAGGCGAGCGACAGCGCUCAGGGUAGAGCUAUACUCAAGAUUCCGUCCUAUAAACCAGCGAGUACACCUGGCUCAAGUAAGAACAAUGGUGAGCCCAAUUCAGCAGCAUUUGCCCAGGGUUUUGCUGCAUCAUCAAGUGCAGCUGGUAGUCCUGGCCUGUUGGAGCGCGCUAGUCCAGCAUUCUCGGGUACAAGUAGUCCGACAAAUUCACUCGUUGGUAAAGGUGUCAGUGUUAACUUUCGUGAUGUCAUUGCUAAGAGUAUUAGCUCAAAAUUUCAAGAGGGCCAGUCAGGACAAACCAAUGUAUCCCAAACACCUACACCAUUGCUCAGUGAUUCGAAUCCCUUCAAACGGGGCAGAUACACACCACCGCAAACUGCACACCAGCAGCAAACGCAGCAGCAAAAAUCACAGAGCCAAGAGAACAAAUCAAAACCAGGCGCUGGUGGCAAAGGUACAAGACCAAAACGUGGAAAAUACAGGAAUUACGAUCGGGAUAGUCUGGUGGAGGCGGUGAGGGCUGUGCAGAGAGGAGAAAUGAGUGUUCAUAGGGCUGGUAGUUACUACGGUGUACCACAUUCCACCCUCGAGUACAAGGUCAAAGAGAGGCAUCUCAUGAGACCAAGAAAGAGGGACCAGAAGCAGUCGGAGGAUAAAUCAAAAGACUCACCGACGGCGCCAUCGUCACUACGGCCAGCUCACCAAGACAAAAAGCCACCGUUGAAACCUCAAAAAUCAUUCACCCAAGGUCCAGGUGGUUUACCAGGUGGUCCAAAUGGCUUGAAAAUGCCAUUUUUAGACGGAAUGCCGCAUCUACCAUUUCCACAUCCUUUCAAUUUUGGUUGGGGUCCAACGCCAUUCAUGCCUUCACCGUUUAUACCAGGUGCACCAAAUGUACCAACGAUACUGCCCGAACAGUAUUUCGCUACCCAGCGAAUGCGUGGACUGCAGGAACAGCAGAGAAGUGCUAUUGUACAGCAGCAACAGCAGAGUAGUAGAGAAGGUGGUGGUACAGAGCCAGGUACGUCAAAUUCACGUUCAAUGGUUAAAACAACGAGGGAAAUGGCUGAGAGCCUUUAUGAGGGUACAGGUGCAAAUGGUAGCUUUCUCGAUAAUCUAAUAAGAUCAAGUUUGGAGACUGGUAUGCCAAGAGAUCAACGGGGUAUAACUGAAGGACGGGCUCAGGGACAACAUCAUCCCGAGGCAAUGAGCAGUAAAGCAUUAAUUGAUCAACUCUGCAGGAACUCCAGACGUACACCAUUACCAAGAAUGACAGAUAGCAGUGAAGACGAGAGCUAUCGUCCAUCAAGAUCAUUGCCAGAGAGGCCAGAGAGAGUACCAACUGUUGAUUUGAGUCCAUCGCCAACAGAGAGAAUAAGAAAUGAUGAUCAGGGAAGUGAUCGUUUAACAUCACCACCAACACCACUGUCGAUAAGCAGAGCUGGUAGUCGUGAUGAUGACACUAGGGAUUCACGUAUUGAUCGUGGUAGUAGAGAGCGUGAGGUGCACAAUGGUGGUGAUGAGCCACGAAAAACAAUACUACAACAGCAACAGCUGAAUCAUUACCCGGAUAUACACAAUCUUUAUGCCGUAUCAAAUGAGAAAAAAAGUGCCUGUGAUAGUAAGCUUAUAGUAGAUCAUUCGAGCCAGAAGACUCAACAGCAGCAACAACAGCCGAAGGAGUUUGGUGCUGUGAGCGGACUUGUUGUGCAACUUCAGAGAGGCUACAAUUCUGGUAGUAAUUCGAGAACAACGGAACAAGAACAACAGAAUAAUUCACAGCCAGUAGCACAACCGGUUCAGGAACCACGGGGACCUGCCCUCACCAUGGAAGACUCCGUAGAGCAGUAGACGAAAAGUCAGUAUCUUAUUGUUAAAUGAAAAGAAAAUGGAACAAUUGGAUACAGUACCAAAUUUAACCCAUUCCUCGCCAAAAAGAAAAACGAAAGAUGAACAAUAAUGCAAAAAUUCGCCCCACCCCCCCUCUCAUUCCUUUCUAGCGUCGCGCCCGUUCCGCACCACGUGUAGAGAACAAACAGAAAAAUCCUCGUCUGAGUUUAGAAAGAACAAUAUCACCUCAGCAGAAAUCCUCACCUCAUCCAUGCCCCUCUGAAAAUCCAAUCACUCUUGUCAAGACAUCAGUCCCAAGAGCGAAGUAACAAAUGAUGCAAAAAGAUUAACAAUUCACUAAAAAGUGACGAAAAAGUUAGGACGUACAGUGUUCACUGUAUGCUGCAAUAAUCCACCAUGAACCUGAUGCGAUUCCGACAGUAACAGAAGCCAUCCUCGAGUGCAAAUUUUCCCUGCCUCGAUUGUUCAAUAUCUAAAGAAAAAUCACGGCGGAAACAUCACACUAACCGAGGAUGACUGAACUUUCGAAAAACCCGGAAAAUUAGGAGAAAUGCGUUAGAAAAGACCGUAAAAACGUUUGAGCAAAAAUUAAUGAAAAUAGCUAAACCUAAUACACAAAUUUACACAUUUGAAUAAACAUUAACAUGUGGGAAUAUAUCUCGAGAGAAUGAGGUGAACAUAGAGACAACCUACACACGCAGACAGAUAGACAAAUGAAAAUUACACUAUUACACGAAAUAACAAGAUUUUAAAAAACAAAGAUACAAGUGAAAAAAGGACACAAACGCGCGCACCAAACAAAUGAAAAAUUUAAUAAAUAAAUAAAAAAAAACCCACUACCCGCACACUCACUCAUCUAUGACACACCAAAAGAUGAACCUGAAUGCAAUUCACCCGUAUACUAUGAUAAAAUACGAAUAAAGGGCAGGUGAAAAAAUUUAAAAAAAUUG